CACACCACAAACCACCCCUGCCCUCUCCCCGCUCAAAUUGGAAAUUCCAGUUUCUUCCCACGUCUCCGCCAGGUGUCACAAUCGUCCUCUCACUGGCUCCUCUCCCCGCCCCUCCAGGAUGGCCACGCGGAAGCGGAAGAGGGUGCAAGGCCGAGAAUUCUCCCCUUAGGCCUGUGGGGUCCUGCGGUCCAGGCCGCACGCGGCAAUGUCGAGCCCCCGGAGGAACAUCGAGGGACGCCCGCUGGGUGCCUGCGCCGCGAGCACCAGCAGCCCCGGUAGCCCUGUCCAUGGCGGCAGCGGCGGCGGCAGCAGGUUCGAGUUCCAGUCCCUACUCAACAGCCGCACGCCGUGCGCCGACCCCACCUGCGCCCGGCUCCGCGCGUCCGAGAGCCCCGUGCACCGCCGCGGCUCGUUCCCGCUGGCCGGGACGAGCCCCUCGCAGGCGUCCCCGACCCUACUGCCCGAAGAGGAUCGCUUGGACCUGAACCCGUCCUUUCUGGGCAUCGCCCUGCGCUCCCUGCUGGCCAUUGACCUGUGGCUGUCCAAGAAGCUGGGGGUGUGCGCGGGGGAGAGCUCUUCCUGGGGCAGCGUGCGGCCCCUUAUGAAACUACUGGAGAUCUCGGGACACGGCAUCCCCUGGCUGCUGGGCACCCUGUACUGCCUGUCCAGGAGCGACAGCUGGGCCGGGCGCGAAGUUCUAACGAACCUGCUCUUCGCUCUGCUUCUGGACUUGCUCCUGGUGGCCCUGAUCAAGGGGCUGGUCCGCAGACGCCGCCCGACCCACAACCAAAUGGACAUGUUUUUCACCCUUUCUGUGGACAAGUACUCCUUCCCCUCGGGCCACGCCACGAGGGCCGCUCUAGUGUCGCGGUUCAUCCUGAACCACCUGGUGCUAGCCAUUCCGUUGAGGGUGUUGGUGGUACUAUGGGCCUUCAUUUUGGGCCUCUCCAGGGUCAUGCUGGGACGGCAUAAUGUAACCGACGUGGCUUUUGGCUUUUUUUUGGGCUACACACAGUACAGCAUUGUGAACUAUUGCUGGCUUUCACCUUACAAUGCACCGUUCCUCUUUGUAUUGUGGAACCAACAAUGACUCUAUCUCAUUCAUUAAGGCACCAGGAGAUCUGAAGGUUUCCACAUGUGAUGAUGCUGACAUAAACCAGCAGCCAUCCAGACAUUUCAGGCUUCCUUUGGGAUUUCAGGUGCCCUGCCAUCUAGAUGGGUUCCUGGGCUGGAGCACGUGCCGGCCAUUACUGAUCACAGCCAUAGUAUAGAAAACAAAAAACUCUACUGUAUACUUAUCUAACACUGUUUAUAUCUCCAGGAGAACUGCAAAGAAACCAAGUUGGGAUGAUUAUAAUGUUGCUACUUUUUAAAAGGUGACAUCAGUAAAUUUUGUGUUUUGUGGUAAACCUGAGGUUGCUGUGGAGAUCAGAGGAACUGAGAGCCUGGGGGGAGGCUCACCACACAUGUCAGUGGACCAGUAUGGAAGGAGAUGGGCCCUGCUGCCUGUCAUUUCUACUGAAUAAAAAAUAAUGCUCAUUUAAUGAGGUAAUAAAAGGGGAAAUAACUUGAUUCUUUGCAAUGCAACAGCGUAAGCUUUCAAAUAUAUACCACAAGGAUGACCCUGUAUAUUGGUUUUUCAUAUGGAAUUCCAUUUCCCUCUAUACAGCACACUUUAGGUAACAGUAUUUAAUUUGAAAUUCAUCAAAGGGAGCCUACUGCUAUACAAUGUACAACUCCCAAAUUUCUGUUUAUAUUGACCCUCACAAAGCAGUUUAUCCAUGGUGCCUCCCCAAAUCCCAACACCAAAAACCACCAAUUGCAGGGUGGACUCUGCUCAUUAUUCUUUGACCAGGAAAGAUGGAAGAGGGUUGUGUGCUUUAAAUGCUGCUCUACCUAAAAAUAUGAAGUUUUAAAUUACUUAUGGAAUUAGCAUCUUUAGAUAAUCUUAAUAACCAAUUAUUUUGACAUUUAUAAUAGGAUUAUCCCCUUUGAUCUGUCAGAGGGUACACAUACGAAUCUGGAGAAUGGCUGGGACAAGUAGGGUCUGAUUGGGUGGAAGCGUGAACUUUCUAAGUGUGAGAGGCACAAUGAAAAAAGAACAACUACUCUUCAAAACAGAAUCAAAUCAUUUUCAUUUCCACAAUAUCCAGAACACAGACUACCUCUUCACUUCCUGAAUUACCCAAACUGUGACACUCUAAAUGGUUUCCUUUAUUGUUUAGCCUUAGAAAGAUGCUUUAUUUUAUUGCAGCAAUAUUCAGGCCAGAUAUUUGGAAGCAAUGAUAUUUCCUCUUGCAGCAUCCACAGUCAAUAGUGGGAAUUCAAAGUUAGGCUCACCUUCUCAGUCCUGGUUAUUUUUCUGGAAUUCCCUAUCUUAUAGCUGGGGCCUGAAUUUGCUGGCUUUUAAAGCACAGAUCAAUUCACCUGAUUUUUUUGGAGCAUCCUAAGUACUGUACAGUAAAAUAAGUGAUUCCACUGUUAAUUAAUUGUAUAUUUAAUAAUGCCUUUUAAAAGUCAAAAUAAAAUUAACCAGUAAUGUUGAAUGAA